CAAGAUGGGUCAUCAGCAGCUCUAUUGGAGUCAUCCUAGAAAAUUCGGUCAGGGAUCCCGAUCCUGCCGGGUAUGCUCGAACAGACACGGUUUGAUCCGUAAAUACGGGCUCAACAUGUGCCGCCAGUGCUUCAGGCAGUACGCGAACGACAUCGGCUUUGUUAAGCUGGACUAAAUGCAUUGGAUGCUGAAGGUUCCCCAGGAGGUCAAACCAACUGGGAACGGGAUGAUCCAGCAAUGAAAAUAAAUGUGUUCUUUUGUUCUA